AAAUUCUGCCCCUCACCCAAACUUCACAAUUUGCCGGCAUCGGUGGGUUAUGAUCUCCAUCAGUAGGCAGUUUUCGUUUUAAUAAUUUAAUCUAAAUGGAACGAUGCAUAUUUAUUAUUGUGUUAUUGGUGUGUUGUCUGCGUGCGGUACGGUGCUACAGCUCCGGCAAGGUAACUGGGGCGUGUGACAAUAUGACACCGCAACACACAAAAGGCGCGCAGCAAAGCCCCGCUCCAUUCUCUGUCACCACUGACCGGUUCAGCUUCAAGGAGGGCGAUGAAAUCAUAGUCAGGCUCCUGGCAGCUUCCACUCCAUUCAUUGGGUUUAUGUUACAAGCCAGAGAGAUUGGAGGAAGCGGUCCUCUGGGAUCCUUCACUGUAACAAGUGGAGAGGCCCAGCUACUCACCUGCAACGGACUACCUAAUUCUGCAGUUUCUCACACAUCAGAUUCACCUAAAUCCUCCAUCCAGGGAAUAUGGAGGGCCCACAUAUCAGGCAACCUCAACUCCAUCCAAUUCAGUGCAUCCUUUGUAAAAGAUUACUCCACCUUCUGGGUUGGAGUGAGAAGUUCUCCAGUCACAUACAACAUCACUGCUGCACCCCCAACUAACAGCACAUCCAUAUCCAUCACCUCUACCUCCUCCUUCGCCUCAUCCUCAAAAUUGUCCAACUCCAGCACUGGAUGUGGCAGCACUAAGGUCUGUUUCAGCCAACCUCUGAACUGUGACCCUGGGGUCAGCCCAGACUGUUACUUCCUGUCUGCUAUGACUUCUCCCGGUGACACAGCCGUCCAGUUGGAGAUGACUGGCCCUUCAGAUGGCUACAUCGCCAUCGGCUUCUCAGAUGACCAGAGGAUGGGAAAUGAUGACAUCUAUAUUUGUGGACGGGACAGUGGCGGGCUCAUCCAAUUGCAACACGCCUUUUCAACAGGAAGGAAGAUACCGGACAUACUUCCUCUGGGAAAUGUUUCUGAUGUUAAAUCCUCAGUGAAUAAUAGUAUCAUUAGCUGUUCCUUCACGACGAGGAACCCCAUUUCAACUCAGCGAUCCGCAGGGUCCAGUUCCCUCUACUAUCUCAUGAUCGUUCACGGACCCUCCAGUAGUGGGACAAUCGGCGUUCAUACUGGCACCUUCAUCAGUGACACCAAAGUGGACAUUUCAAGUCCUCAAGUUGUUACAAGUGAAAAAGAGCCACCUAUUAUUAAAGCACAUGGUUCCCUGAUGUUGAUAGCGUGGAUGACCACGGGUAGUUUGGGAAUGAUCAUAGCCAGGUAUCUGAAAGGUGUGGCCAAGGGGAAACAUUAUUUUGGGAAAGAUGUUUGGUUUCUGGCGCACGUUUCUCUUAUGACACUCACUGUUGCCGCCACCAUCAUCGCCUUCAUUUUGGCCUUCUCAGAAGUUGGAGGCUGGAGUGGGGGAGCCCAUCCUGUGUUGGGCUGCAUCGUUAUGAUCCUGGCCUUCUUCCAGCCUAUCGCUGCCAUGUUCCGAUGUGGACCUCAUCAUCACUGGCGAUUCCUCUUCAAUUGGUCGCAUGCUUUGAAUGCAGUGGCAAUAAAAGUUUUAGCUGUGGCAGCCAUCUUCACUGGGCUGUCGUAUUUUAGCACCUCUGAGGAUAGUUGGCUUCUGAAGGUGAUGGGUGGGUUUGUUGGAUGGGAGGCAACGCUGUACAUCCUGCUAGAACUCCACAUGCGCUGGAAGCUCAAUGAUCAUGCAGAGAGUGCUUCUGAAUCGACAAGAAUGGAGUUGUUACUGCUGGUCUUGUUUUUCCUUGGAAAUAUAGCCUUUUUGGUGGCACUACUUGUUGGAAUUGGCUCGUCGUGAAGAUCUGCUGAGCAAUGGACUGAGAUCGGAAUGUUGUGAUACAGUAUAUCUAUAAAAUAGCUCACUGUACAGUAUAUUUUAAGUCGUUUUGUAUUUGUUUGUUGUCAAAUGUAUUAAAGUAUCUGUCCAUUGA